AUCAACCCUUUUUUUUUUUGGUUUUUUUUUUUUUUCCCUUGGAGCUUCCGCGUCGGCUAGUCGUGUUGCUAUACAUUGGGAUCAUUUUUAUCAAGCGUUGAAUAUUCCAGCACAAACAAACUCAAUUGCAAGAAUUUGCCCGAAACGGAACCGACAAAGCCCCGAAUUUCGAGCUCGCCUGCUCCGCACAACCGAAUUAAGGAGCACUGUCAACGGCGACUCGAUCGACGCACAAGUACGCCAGUGGCCACACAGGAGUUAUGAGGUUAUUACCCUCCCUGUUGACCACCCUGUUGGCAAUCUCAGGAUACACAGAUAACGCAUCAGCCUCUUCGAUAAGACGAAAGCCUCUACAGACCACAACCAGACUAGAAGAUGUUCAUUUUUCUACAGCAUGGCAGCAGGUGCAGUGGUUGUCGCGAUUCGACGCCACCUUCAGGAUCAAGUCAGGCGAGGUGAUGAAGAAGAUACGACUCGCGCUCGAACCGAAUAAUGAUGUUAUUUCGCACGACACCUACGUUCAGACCGUCGACGCCGAGGGACGACCGCUUCACGGGGAGACGAUUGCCCGCCACGAAUACCGGAUCUUUCGGGGCACUGCAUUUGUUGCGAGGGACACCCAAGCACCCGACUGGAGGGAUGCGGGAUGGGCACGAGUUAUAGUGCACUCGGACGGCCGGACGCCCUUGUUCGAGGGCGCAUUCAGCAUUGACGGCGAUUAUCAUCACGUUCAGACCGGCACUAACUACCUAAAGACGCGCCUUGACCAAGACCCGGUUGUGGAAGACACCAAGGAACCGUUCAUGGUUAUGUGGAGGGAUUCGGACUUGAGUCAAGAGACAGACCGUGAUUUUGAAUUGAGGAAGCGCGGCGAUGACAAGAAGGCAGUUGGCUGCGGCGUUGACGUCGACCACCACCUCCGCGUCGAGGCCGCCAACGAAACCACCAACUCGGAGUUUGUCGUCCGUGACCUGUCGAAAAUCGAGUCUUCGCCGUCGUCCUUGUUCAGGCGCCAGUCGCAGGACAAUGGUAUCAGCACGAUUGGAUCCACCGCCGGAUGUCCGACUACACGUAGGGUGGCCCUGAUGGGUAUCGCGACCGACUGCACCUAUGUCAAACAGUUUGCCUCCGUCGCCGAGGCGCGAAGCAACAUUAUGGCGCAGGUGCAAACUGCCUCGGUCCUUUACGAAAAGUCGUUCAACGUCUCGUUGGCCGUCCGAAACCUGACCAUCUCCGAGUCUUGCGCCACCUCGCCUUUCACGACCAACACUCGCUGGAACCAGGACUGCAAUGCUAACAUCAAUGUUUCCGACCGGUUGAGCGCGUUUUCCGCAUUCCGUGGCAGCAUGCGCAACGACCGCAACGCGUUCUGGACGCUCAUGAGCUCCUGCACGUCGGGGUCCGCAGUUGGAAUUGCUUGGCUGGGAGCGCUUUGCAUGUCGGGCACCCAGACGGACAGCGCAGGAACCACAGUCGCAGGAGCCAACUAUGUAGCUCGUACCGGGAACGAAUGGCAAGUAUUGGCACACGAGAUUGGCCAUACGUUUGGCGCCGAACACGACUGCACCAGCUCGACAUGCAGCUCGUCAAGCGGCACAGGAGCGAAUAGCUGCUGCCCUCUGAGCGCGAGCCAGUGCGACGCCCAGCAACGCUUCAUCAUGAACCCGUCAGCCCGCAGCGGCAUUACCGAGUUCUCGUCCUGCACAAUUGGCAGCGUUUGCAGUCAGCUUGGAGUCCGGCCCGGCAGUACCAGGUCGCUCGGUCGCUGCCUGGUCGACAACACCAACGUCGCCAGCGUUGCGCCCGUGUGCGGCAACGGCGUCGUCGAAUCCGGCGAGGACUGCGACUCGGACAAUGCCUGCUGCAACCGUAGCACAUGCAAGUUCCGCUCCGGCGCCACUUGUGAUCCUGCCAGCGACACAUGCUGCACGGACCAGUGUGGCAUCGCUCAGGCGGGCUUGGUGUGUCGGCCAUCGACCGUCUCGUGCGACCCCGAGGAGAAGUGCGACGGAAAGAGCCGUUCGUGCCCGGCCGACGUCAACAAUGUAUCAGACGACGGACGCUGCUCGAAUUCCGACAGCGUCGGCAACGCCGUCGGCAACUUCUUCUCGCAGAACCGCAACGUCGCCAUCGGCGUCGGCGCGGGUAUCGGCGGCCUCAUCCUCAUCUGCCUCGCCAGCUGCUGCAUUAGCAGCAUGCGCCGCCGGUCGGCUGUGCGAAAGCAGCACAAGCAGAUGGUGGCGGCGCAGGCGGCGAGCGCGCAAGGAGGUUACGGGGGCCCCAACAAUGGCCCGAUGCCACCGCCACCUAGCUAUUACGCCGGUGCGCAACCGCAAAUGUCUGGGCCAUGGCCUCAACCUCCUCCGCGGACCAUGAGCGCUAGAUAUGCAUGAGUUUAUGGAUAUUUGUCUUUUUUUUUCCCCUCUUAUUUCCUAAUAUUUGUCUUUUGGCGGGGCCUGUCGCAACUUGUCAGUGGCCCAUCAUUUUCAUAGCAUCGCAACAGAUUUGCAUUGCACCUUCAUUGGGUUGGGUAUCUAGUAGAUAGACUUUCUACAUAAAUGAAUGAGCACAUGAUGAUACACAUAUAUUUUACCAGAUCCGGAUAGAGUUUGCC